GGCAGCGCGGAGCCGAGGUGGAGCUGGAGCCUCGUCCGCGGGGCUGGCCCCUCCCUGCCCGGUGCGGGGGGUAGCGCUGGGAUGAAGAGACGCACCGCCACCUGCUGGACACUCCUCUUGCUGGCUGCCUUCUUCUGCGACAGCAUCACCUGCAAGGGUGGCCGGGGAGGAGCGAGGGGGGCGGCCCGUGGCCGGGGCAUGGCCCGCAGCCGGGCCAAGGCUGCCCCUCGCUACGGCUCCUCAGGAGUGGGGCUGCGGGUGGCGGCAGCAGCAGCGGCGGGUGCGGCGGCAGGCGUGGCAGCGGGAGCAGCCCACAGGAGGAUGAGGAUCUCUGGGGAGCUUCAUCCAGUUGACAGCUCUGAGUUCCAGGAAGGCAACAGGACGGGCAGCAGCGUGUACAGCUACCGCUCGUGGACCUCGGCUGCCCAGGCCCAGGACACGGCGCACCUUGCUAUCUCCUUCUGCUUGGUGACUGGCUUCUUUCAGCUCCUUCCCCUGUAGGGGCCAGCGGCACCCAGCCCACCGUCCCUGCGUUGGAACCUGCAGAGCGGUACCUGCUAGGCCCGGGCAGCACCAGCCCCAUCCAGCUGUGUCUGCCCCAGCCCCCUGCAGGACGAGCGGCUCUCCUGCCUGCUGCGGGGCAGGAGCAGCCUGCACUGCCCAGCGGGCUGGAGCUGGAGCAGCUGCCAACGAGGCAUCUGGGGCAGUGCCCCUGAGCCUGAUCCCACUGGGGCUUUGCCAACGCUGUGGUGAGGGCAGGUGGUCCAGCCCCUGAGGCCCCCAGCAGGGGGACCUGGAGCAGCUGCUAUGGGUGGCGUGAGGUUGCCGGGCACUGCCAUCACUGCAGCUUGUGACAUCCCCACUCAAGCUGAUUGACAUGGACAAUUCCCAAACCACCGGCCCUGCCAGCCUGUUCCACGAAGGGCAGAGCCUGGGCCCACAGAGUGGGGUGGGGUCAGGGCCUGCAGUCUGGGUAUGACCUUGUGUGCCAGGCCCCUGCCUUGGGGCCCCACUCUCCUGCCGAGCUGGGGUAACAUGGAAGAGAGGCCGGAGCGGCUCUGUGUGUCCCAUGGGGGCUCUCGUGACGGCCGGCUGGGCUGAAGCUGCGUGGUGAGGGAAGCAGCUCCACCCCGAUGUCAGUGCCAAUGCGGAGCAGGAUCUCCUGGGGGAGGGGGAAGAAGGGGUGUGGGGAUCUGGGACUGUGAGCCAGCCUGUCCAAGCAUGUUGAGGGCCAGAGCUGGGUGUGAAGCAGGAGUCAACCUCCUCCUGGCUUGAACCCCAGCCUCAGGCACUGACUCAGGCUGGUGAGGAUGGUGCUGAUUGAUUCCACAGAUGGAGGCAAUGAUUAGAGCCAGCCGCUCCCAAACCAGAGACGAGUCCCCUGGCUCCUUCACGCCCAAGGGCCUUCCUUGCCCAGUCACCACCUCCUCAGCACUCCCAGGACACCCCCCCGCCACCCCUUCCAGACUGCCAGACACUGGCUGAGGGGGUCUGAGCCCCGUCUGAGCCCCACUGAUCUCAGCAACGCCCACCAGGAUGGACUGGCUUCUGCGAACUCACUGCCCAAAUGAGGCCCGUCGAGCCAGGCUGCUUGGGGAGAAGGCCUGAACAGCACUACCAGCCAUGGCCCUGCCUUGGGAGCCGCUCAGCUGCAGGUUGCCCUGACUUACGCCCUGACUGAGCUGCGCAGCCAUGCAGAGCUGUACUGUGUUCCUGGCCCAGCUGAGCCACGUCCCAGCAAAUAUUCCGGCUGCUUUGGCUUGGGCUGUGCAGCAGGUGCCCAUUACGGUGCAGUGCCCCCAUGGGGAAGGGUGGGCUCAGGUUUGCACAUACAGCAGAAAGUUAAUCUCUUGGUGUUGCAUGAAGACCACGGUGCCUCAGCCCCAAAUCCUCCGCACCUAAUCACAGCACAGCACUGGCACGUCAGAGGCAUUCCAGGAAAAUGGAUCCGUUGGCGUUCCAGCUGCUGAUUGAUCAGAAAUUGGCCCCAGAACAAGUUCCCACUCUGAAUGCCCUGAUUUUGUGGGCCCCUCUAGCUUGAGAACAACACAGUGUAGGAAGUCCAGAAGGCGGGUGGCAGAGUGAUAAGGCAGGGGGAGGGCGGCGGUCUUUGCGCUCAGCCUUUGUUAAUUUACAAAAGGGGAUUAGAGGGUUGGGUCACAAUGGUUGAUUUGUCUUGUCCAGGUUAGCCAGAGGGGCUGUGGUGUAGCAUCCUGAUUCGUGGGGGAGGCCAUGGUGCAGGAGAGCUGGGAGGAGUGGGGACAAAGCUGGUGCACCACCUCAUCCCCUGCAGAGGAGGCUGCCCAUGGGGCUCUGGAGAAGUGAAGACCCUGUAUCCUCUGGAGCAGGGCAGGAGGUUCAGGGGAAUGCCCCCUGUUCAGGCUGGGGCAGUGCUGGACCCAGCCCUAGCUGAAGAAAAUGCAAAGAUUUAAAGCCAAACGUGGGCAAUGCACAGGGAUGCUGGCCUUCACCUGGCCCUCUGGGACACAGGGCAGACACCUGCUUCCUUUGCAGCCCCACACUCAGCAGGCCUCACGGUGUGCUACCAGGCUGCCAGGGCCCCCCACCCUGUAGCCUUGGGAAAGGUGCACUGAGCUGAGAGGCAGGAGCCCAUGAGCUCAGUGGUCCUUUCUCCUGCCUGCGGUCAUAUUGCCAUGCACUCCCCAGAUCCUAUCCCCCACCCCACCCCCACCUUGCACUCCAACCCCAGGAGGAAGUCAAGUAUUAACCCUACCUCCUCUCACUAUGGUAACUGAUUGCACAGGGUCACUUCAGGCAAACUGGGACUAACACCCCAGCCUCUGGCAUGACCGACCCAAACUCAGCCACACUGUCUGGCAGAGUGAAUGUGCCAAAUAUAGGUGCUUUGGCUACCCUGUCCCUCACCAUGAGACGACCCUCCCCUCCAAGGGCAAGGACAGGAUCCAGGAAUCCUGUGUCCCAUAUUCCCAUGCUGUCUAGCAAAUGGUCAAGCGUACAUCCCUUCCCCCUCGAGUGGCCAGUCCCCAUUGGAAAGCCAGUGGCACUGGGCCAGCAGAGUGUGUGCUAGGUCUCCAACAGGCCAGAGCUCAACCCUGCUGGCUGCUGCAGCAACAAUGGUUCCCAGCCUGUUCUGUUCUGUAAAUGGCAGAGCCCCAUGCAACAUGCUGCAGGCACCGCCAAUGCAGUCAUGUGUCCCAUGGUGUCAGGUCAGAGGUGACGCUUGUGGGCCUCAGCCAGUGGCUGUGCUGCCUGCUGUGCCACUAGUAGGUUUGGGAAGCCGUUGCAGCUGGAAAUUCCUCUGGUACCAGCCAGUGUGUUUGCCAGGGAGCUCUGGCCGCUGGCUGAGGGAGAAGAAACUGGGCUCACGUGACUGAGGAGCUGAUGGGGAAACUGCCCCCAGUUCCACUGGGGGGCAAAGAGGGCAGGAAACAGAUAGAUCCACGUGGGGAUCCAGACUGGUUGGAGGCCAGCUCGAAUUACAGGCUUUGCUCUGGUUCCAGUUCCAGCUCGCAGCCUGGGAGCCUUUCCCAGCACAGCCAGGAGAGUUAAUACAGUCUCACUGCUUCUAGCUUUUCCAUAGGGGGUGGGGGGAAGAGUGCUCUCCCCACCAUCUGGAAGGCUCCAGCCUGGAGGGGGGCAGAUUCCCUGGCUCUGCACAGACCAGGGGAGAGGGCUCCAUGUUUCCCACCCACCAGGCUCACCCUCAGCCAUCCAUCAAAGAGCUUGGCCUCCCCACACACCAUGGGGUGUGCUGCCUGGCAUUGGCACAGAUGCACAAGCUCUGGCCCCUGAAGGGCACAGAGAGGGGCUGUUCAUGGAAUCACUGCACUUAGGGCACAGGGGUUCUGGGCUUUUUUUUUUUAAAAAAUGCCCUCUACAUUUUGGACCGAACUCCGCCUCACCCCCACUUAACCCUCCUGCAGCCAGAGGCAGGGUGCAGGAGGUAGAUUGGCACUGAGCUGCUCCUCAGUGCCCAAGGACUGGUGGGGAUCCCCCCAUGCCCUGCAUGGCAGGCUAGGCUUCAGGCACUGUGUCUAGACAGCCCCUGUGAGCGGCCAGCUUGCUGUAUGUACAUGUGAACAGUGUAGUUACACCUUCUCCCCAUGCACAGCCCUGCCCCAGCCCCUUUGCCAGCCCUGAUGCCAGCCCGCCCAGCAAGCAGGGGGCUGCACGUUCCUGCACUCACUUGUUUUUAACGUUCUUUGUUUAUAAUGGUUUUAUACGUGUGUUCACGGUGACGUGGAAAUAAAGUCUAG